AUGAAUCCCGGAGACUUCAACCCGGGCGCGGGGCCUGGCCGGCCAGCCCCAAAUCCUGCGAUGAGAAUGAAGGCCAACAUGCAAGUUCCUAAAAAUGAUAACGUGCAAGCCAUGAUGAACCAUGUUGCGCAAGUGCUGCAAAGUCAAGGACCCUAUGGGGGUUGGAAGGCGGAGGUUCCAACGAAAACCCGAGCGACUAAUGUGUAUCAAAUGAUCACCUCACUCCGUUUAAUCCAACCUCGCAUUGAUCUCACCCAAGCAGCCCAGGCGGCCAUGAGCUUUGAGCUGAAAGCCUUCACCAAAGCGAACGAGAAAAUGGAAUACGACAAGGAAUGCACCGAAAAGCUUCUCCACAUUAGAAACACUCGCGAGCGACAGGCGGCGGUCGCGUACCAAAGCGGUAUGAUACCUCAGACCGGUGGGCAGAAUCAGAUGGCAGGAAAUUUUCCACAGCAUCUCAACCAGAACAUGCAGGGGUCUCCAUCAGGUCCGCAGAUGGGGAUGGGGAUGAAUGGCCAUAACCAACAAGCUGUGAUGCAGCGACAGCAGCAACAGCAACAGCAGCAACAAUCACAGGCAAUGCUACACCAGUCACAACAGCAGCCACAACAGCAACAGCGCAACCCACAGCGCCCGGGUAGUGUGCCUCUACCCGAUGACCUCAAUACCCUUUCACCCCAAGACCUCGCCCAUGUCAUUCGACUGGCAGACGAAAUGAAGAACAAGACAUCUGCAGAAGAUAUGGAAAAGAUCAAGAUGAACCUGUCAAACAUGACUCCAGAACAGCGCGAAUAUCUCACCCGCAAGGAUCUUGACCCCAUGACCUACUUCUUCCGAUCGCAAGCACUCAACCAGAUCCGACGCCAUCGUCGCACCCGAAUCGAGAUGGGACGCGCGCCCAACGCCGGAGUGGAUGCGAAUGGCAACAUGAUGGCCGACCCGUCAUUGAACCAACAGCAACAACGACAAAUGCUGCAGAAUAUGCUGGGCCUCCAGCGAAACUCCUCGUUCCCGGGCAAUCCUGGUCAGUCAAUGGAACCUCCGAAUUUCAUGGGCAAUGUGGAGAAUAUACAGGGACAACAAGCAGACGGUCUGCGCUCUCAGGAAGCAGGUCAUCUCGUGGUCCCUGCCAGCUCGUCGCAAAUGAACCAAGCGCCAUUUUCAAAAAACAAUAAGAACAAUAAUAUGUUCCCUCAACAAAUGGGGCAGAAUGGUCAGGGAAAUAUGAACGGGAACAAUUUCAACGCUCAAGCUCAGUCGCUUGCCCAGCAACAUAUCCAGGGUGGCUUCAAUACACCUCAGGAGCGGAUGCAAUUCCAGGCCCAGCAAUCCCAAGCCCAGGCGCGAGCUCAAGCGGCUCAAAAGGUCCAGAUGUCGAUUUCGGGUCACGGCGGUCAGGCAAACACACAAGCACAACCGCAACUUACCGGACAGAGCCCUGUUAUGCCAAUGCUCAACCAGCCCAUGGUCCCCGGUCAAAUGUCUCCUGCCCAAGUGCCUAAUCAAUCUCGACCGCCCUCCCGAACUCCAAGUAUGCCCCAGCAUCCGUCUGGCGGCGCAGGACAGACCCCAAUGCAAGGUCGGCCCCAAAUUCCUUCCAACAUCCCGCCACACAUCCAAGAGCAACUCGCUCGCAUGCCCCCUGAACAGGCGCAGGCUUUCAUUAUGCAACAGCGCCGUUUAGCUUUGAACAACAUGGCUCGGGCAAAUCCUGGACAACAACCCCAGACUCAACCUGGCCAAGGUCAAUCAAUGAUCAAUAACCAAAUGGGCAAUGGUAUGAUGCGAGGCUCGAUCGGCGGGCCACAAGAUCUGAGCUCUAUGCCGCAGGGCCAGCAGAUGACCCCACAACAGCGCCAACAACGGCAGAAUGAAGCUUUUAAGCUCCAACUCCUGCGACAACAUAAUGGUGGCGUGGAAAUGACCCCUGAACAAAGCAGGCACAUGGACCGUGUCUCGUACCCUCCAUCAAUCUUGAACAUGAAUGGGACUUCAAUGCAAGUUCCUAAUAAUGUCAAGUCAUGGGGCCAACUAAAACAGUGGGCUGCCACAAACCCUCAAAUUGCCAGCCCCAAUGAUGUUCCGCGACUUGUGAUGCUUCAAAAGCUUCACCUAGGACAGCUCAUCACUGCCUCUAAUAACCAGAUCAAAGACCCGAACGCCCAAGGCCAAGGCCAAGGAGCAACUCCCUUCCAGGGCACACAGACUCCAUUCCCAGGCGCACAGAACUUCCCUGGAGGCCAGCAGCCACCUGCUAUCAAUAUGGCGGCCAUGCGGCCAAUCUCCGCCCAGGACAUUCAAAUGGCACGCCAAAAGCUUGGUCCCCAGGCUGCAAACUUUACGGACGAGCAAAUUCGUGAAAUCCUGUACAGAAAUCGACAAAAGCACAUGAUGCAAGCGGCUGCAGUCGCACAAAACCGAGCAUUGCUUGAAGGAAACGCGCAGCCUGGUCAACCGACUGCACAGUACCCAGCCCCUGCAGUACCCCCCGUUCCACAGCCCAAGCCGCAACCACCCCAGCCCCAACAGGCACAGUUGAACGCCGCACUUCAAGCAAAGAACCAAGCUGCCACCGCUGCGAAGGGUGGCAAAGCGCCUGUUGCCAAGCAGGUGCCAAAGAAGAGACCUAGCACGGAUGACACAGCGGAAGCCCGACCAAGUACUACCCCUCAAUUGACCCAAAGCACCCCUGUCCCAGGUGCUCAAGCGACUGCCCCUUCAAGGCCGGGUCUUCCAAUUACUCAAGAGCAGCUUGCUCAAAUGACCCCACAACAGCGUGCCCAAUUCGAGAUGCACAUGCGCAAGCAACAGCAGCAACCCCGCGGUCAAGUUCUCAGUAGAGCCGCUGCAGAGGAAGCAUGGAGCAGAAACCUGCCACCCCAGGUGAUGGAAAUCUACGAAGAUAUCGCCAAGAAUGCCCCACCCGCAAAACCCAUACCUGUAUCGCCGGAGCAGAAGGCUGCUAUGACCAAGCAAUUGCGCGAAGCUUUGGAUGUCCUCGGCCGGCUGGAUGCCCUAGUUCAGUGGUUUGCAAAAAUGCCAGGCCAAGACAAGAAUGUCAAGAAUCUUCUCGCCAUGCGUAUCCAAUUAAUGCGACAAUUCAAGCCAUCUCCGGAAUGGGCUGUCAACGAUACUUUCACGGUCACCUCUGAUUAUCUGUCUGGUGCAAUAAUGUUCAUGCGCAAGUUGUUCGCAUUCAUGAUUAAUCGUCUGCAACAGCAACGUCCUCAGCAAUCGCAAGGUCCUGGUCCGAAUGCGCCACCAGCCCAGGCCAAUAUGCCAGCACUGAAUGCAACCAAUUUGCAGCAACUCCAAGCACAGGAGGAAGCCUUACAUCGAGCUCGGCGUGCCUCCAGCCAAUCUGCCACCGCCGCGACUGCACCUUUCGCGGCCCCAUCUCCCAGAGGCGUUCCCCAGUAUGCUGCCGGGGGGCUUGCUCCGGAGAAUCUCAAGUUGCCCCCUCCCAAAAAGCGAAAGCAGUCCCAUGCUGGCGUGUCGUCCAGUCCGCUUCAAGCCAAUGCGGUUCCAGGGGCGGCAGCCGCCGCCACAACCAAAUACAACAAGGCGGUGGCCGAUGCCACAUCCAAUGCUGCGGCUCUGGCUGGUGCUUUCAAGUGCAAUGUGGUCGAGUGCCCCAACCAUUACCAAGGAUUGCCGUCUCAAGCUGCCCUGGACAAGCACGUGGAAGAGAAUCACCAGCCAGAGGAGGAGGAGGUCAUUGACGAUUAUCUCAAGUACUACCAUGAAAGUCUCUCAAUCGGCCUCAACUUGAACCCGAACGACACGAUGGAAGCGCAAGCAACGGCUGCAACUGGACUGGCACCAUCUUCCACCCGACUCAGUGCUGCUGCUUCGCCCACAAAGCAGGGUAUUUCCACUCCUGUCAUUCCCAGUACCACGCCUAUGGCACGGGUCACCAGUCAACUUGGGACCAAGACAGCGUCCCCCGCCGCGUCAGCCCAACUUCUCACGCCGCAGAUGUCAAUUGGCAAGGCGCCUAAAUCCGCUGCCAAAGACGAAAAGAAGGAUAUCAUUAAAUCAGAACCGGGAGACACUGAAAAUAAGGAUCCUUGGGCGGACUGUCCCACCUCGCUUGACACGAUUCACGAUACUUUCUCUAAUCUCGCGAGCAAGGAUCUACCCCAUCUGGGUUAUGAAUCACUUGAGGACUUUGAUAUCAAUGAAGCCACCCCGGUCGACGACUGGGUCAACUUGGCUACUUUGACGCCCCCGGAUGAGGCCGAAGAAGCUGCUUUCCUUGACAAGUUCUACGAACCUUGGGAUGAAGAGUCCAUUGCCCUUGCUGCCGCGCGGAUGCGCAUACCCCCAGAAAUCCAGGUCAAGAACAAUGGCCCUAUGGGUCAACUUGAGGUUGAUUGGGACGCCGUCGCGCGUUACGAGAAAGAAGGCAUCUCUAUACCCAUGUGUUGA